CUGACUGAAGAAAAAGCCCAGCAUGUUACAAGGAAAUAGAAACAUUCCCUCCGAUGUUCCAUUCUGCUUUUCAAAGAUUCCCUUUGUUGGGAAUAUGUUUCUUCGCCUGUUUCUUGGCAUGCUGUGUAAGAGCAGACACAGGGGGAAAAUGCACAGAAUUUACGGAUCUUAAUUUACCCGAUGCUCUAAUAGGCACAGAUCUCAAACUGCAACUUCUUCUGUACACAAGGAAAAACAAAAACUGUUCGGAGAAUCUCAGUGGACAAAACUUAACUUCUGUGUAUCUAAAUGUGACCAAGAAAAUUAUUUUUGUUAUUCAUGGAUACAGACCUACAGGUUCUCCACCAAUAUGGAUUAAUGAGAUUAAAAAUAGUCUGCUUGCAAAAGAAGACAUAAAUAUUAUAAUAGUGGAUUGGAAUCGGGGCGCCACAACUUUGAUUUAUCCUACUGCUGUUUCCAAUACCAGGAAAGUGGCAGAAAUGUUGAAGAACCUUAUUGAUGAAAUGUUGGAAAAUGGAGCCUCCCUUGAUUCUAUUUACAUGAUUGGAGUAAGCCUUGGGGCUCAUAUAGCUGGAUUCGUUGGAAAGGCAUACAGUGGAAAAAUUGGCAGAAUAACAGGUCUUGACCCAGCAGGGCCAUCAUUUAGUGGAAAAGAGCCAACUGAGAGAUUGUAUCACACUGAUGCGCAGUUUGUUGAUGUUAUCCAUACAGACAUUGAUGCUUUGGGUUACAGGAAGCCUUUGGGAAAUAUUGACUUCUACCCAAAUGGAGGAACAGAUCAACCAGGAUGUCCACAGACAAUACUUGGAGGAUCUCAGUAUUUCAAAUGUGACCAUCAGAGAUCUGUUUUUUUGUUCAUGUCAUCUUUGGAACAGAAGUGUAACAUAACUGCGUUUCCUUGUGACUCAUAUGUGGGUUAUAGAAAUGGAGAGUGUACAAGCUGUGAAGCUUUUAAACCCCUUCCAUGUCCAGCAUUGGGUUAUUAUGCUGAUAAAUGGAAGAACCAUUUAAUUGAAAAGAACCCCCCUGUGACAAAUGCUUACUUUGACACUUCAGACAAAGAGCCUUUCUGCAUGUAUCAUUACUUUGUGGAUAUCAUUGCCUGGAACAAAAGUAGUAGGAGAGGUUUUAUAAGAAUCCAAAUAGAAGAUAGAGCAGGAAAUAUUAUAGAAUCCAAAAUAAAUAGUGAUGCAGCAGUAUUUCACCAGUAUAGACAAGCCAAGAUCCUUGCUGGAUUUUAUAUGGAUUUUGACAGUAUAUCAAAAAUUACCUUGACAUUUUCUACAAAGAAUGUUGUAGGCCCAAAGUACAAGCUUAGGGUCCUCCAAAUGAGAUUAAGAUCCCUGUCAAAUACAGAAAGGUUUCAACUAUGUAGAUAUGAUUUUAUCCUGCUGGAAAAUAAUGAAACCAGCUUCAGGCCUGUUCCAUGCCAUGAGAUGGAUGUGUGAAACAGUCUCAUGUAAAUGUACCUUCUCUUGUACAUGAAGUUAAAGAUAACAAUGAGAAAUGACAUGAAGAUCAAUAAGGUCCCUUCAGAAAGGUUGAAUUCCAAUUGCUGUUGCCACCUUUGAGGAUCAUAGAAAGACGUCCUACAAGAAAUUCAAUUAUUUAUGAUGUGUGAAAGAUGGGUUUUUA